UUAUUUCAGGGUCGGCAGUCGCUGGAAGGAGUUCUCUUGGCGACUCUAUCUCACGUUGAUGUAGAUUAAAACGGCCAGCGGCGUUUACAACUGCAAAUCAAAAUGCCGUUCGGGUGGAGAAGAAAGGAUCAGAUGGCCUUUAAACACAUAGCUCAGGGUUUGGUACCUGCAGCCACAAUAGCUCCCAGAGCCGCUGUUCCCCGCACCCCUCCGCCACGUAGCCCAGAUCCUUCUCCAGAAAGACCAAGGUCAGCAUUGGCAGCAGUAAUUUUGACUUCAUGCCUGACUGGUCGUACAUUUGCCAUUCCUCAACCACAUUUGACAGGUCUUCGUCAAAGGUCUUAUUCUGAAAGUGAUUGUACACGUUCAGAGCAACAAAGCUUUCUUGAACCUUAUGCCACUGUGGCUGAUCUGGAGUUAAGGAAUGUAUGGCAAAGUACCGUUAGGGGCAGGCCUCAAUUACCACUGCCAUCUGAUUCUGACGAAGAAGAUAAUGAAGAAGAAGGAGAAGAUGAUGACCAAGAUGUGGAACAGUUGUCAGAUAAAGAAAACCAACCUCAUUACUAUGUUCUCGAAAAGGAGGGUGAAGGACAUAUUAAAGAGGCAGUUUAUGCCAUUCCUCUCAAGGCUAACCAGAAUGAAAUACCAGCAUCUGUGAGCAGUGAUCUGACUGACAUUUCUUCCUAUGAUGUAGAAUCUACCGCUCUGAUACAUGAGCCAAAACCUGGACAAGUUGAAGAACACAUUUUAGCUCCAGCAUCUAAGGAGCAUCGAAUAAUUGAAAAGCAACAGACCAUUCCAGAGUUCACCCCGGUCCCAGGUUUGAAGAAUACCAUGAUUGUCGAAGACCUCAGAACACCAUCCACUGUCACUCAUAAAAAGAAGAAAAUAAAGGCAAAGCUAAUUUCAGAGGGGGCCAAGCAAGAUUUAACAGUUGAAGCUAACCAAGAGCUGAUAGAGAUCCGAAAAGAGCAGUUAGAAGAACUAAAAGAAAGAAAUCAGACAUUGGCUUCUGAAAAUCAGGUCAUUGCCCAUCAAGCUCACAGUUUGAUGCAACAGCUGGAGGGGAUGAAGCUUAAAGUGGAGCAACUGCAAAAAGAAAAUCAUAAACGACAAGAAGUUGACAAUAGCCAAGCAAGGGAAGAUGAAAAAGCAGAACUGCUUUUACUUCAGCAGCAUGCUCAGGAACUAGUGGAUGAAAAUGAUGCCUUGAAGAUGACCAUCCAUCGCUUAAAUGUAGAACUUAGCUGCUAUCAAACCAAAUACAGACCUGUACAUAGUGAGAUAUCCUGUAAUACUGGUCUUCCAACAUCAGGACCACCAUCCCCCUGGCUUGUGGACAUGAAAAUGUUGUCACCCCUUCUUUUGGCCUAUGAGGACCGAUUACGGGAAAAGGAUGCUGCAAUGCAAGCCCAUGAGGAGGAAAUGAAGAAUUUCAGAGCUCGAGUAGAAGAGGUGGUGAGGGAGAAUGAACAGCUUCAUCAGCAACGUGAGAGAAAUGGUGCUAUUAGCAGCAGAGAGUGGAAUCAGUUGCAGGAUCAGGCAAAGUUGGUUUUGGAGGAAAACCAAGUCUUGAUGGAGCAGCUAGAGAUACAGCAAGCGAAAGCAAAAAGCAGUCAUAACAGACACAUACAAGAAGUGUCAAAAUUGACUAAACAAUUGAUGCUGCUGGAAUCAGAGAAACAAAACCAACAAAAGGAGUUACAUGAGACUCAACAAGAAUUGAACAAAAUUUCUUCAAAGUAUGACCAACUUAAAACAACUCUUGAUGACAGAGUGAGAAUUGAUGAACAUACCUCAAUGGUGAACAACCUCAAAAGGAAACUACAGCUUGAACAAGAGAAACAGCAUGCAGAAGUGGAGGAAUUAAUGGGAAGAAUUGCAUCAUUGCAAGCUGAGAAAAAGAGCUUACUCUUUGAAAAAACAGAAUUAAUAGCUGACAAUAAGACUUUAGAAGCCGAGCUGCAGGUAGCACAGAAGUCAAACAGGCUAGCACAAAAGAAGAUUGGUCUUCUGAAACAGCAGGCAGAAGAGGCCAUGGAGAAAGAAGUAGCAGCGCAUCAAUAUCUGGCAAACUUGAUUGGUCUUGCUGAAAAGACAGCUCAUGAACGUGAUCAACUUGUACAUGUGACCAAAAGCCUGACAAAUGAGAAACAUGGAGUUUUAAACAAGAUUGUAGCAGGCAAUGUGCGUUUGGGCAAGUUGGAGGAACAAGUAAAGAUGUACAAAACAAAAGCUGCCAUGAAGCUUGGAGACAUAAACAACCGUAUGAAGGAACAAGAGGAGGAUUUUGCCAGAAGGACUGCUCAGUACCAACGGGAAAUACGGCGUCUUCAGCAGCUACUGAAGGACAAGCAGGAAACCCUUAAUGGACUGCUUGAACAGCAAAGACAAGUAGAAUCUGAACUUGAAACAGUUUGGGAAUCAACGACACGAGAAAAUCGUCGAAUAAAGGAUCUUUUGCAUGGCACUGUACAAAGAAGUAAUCUCUUGGACACUGUCAGCUUUGAUAGAUCAGAUAUAGAAGGAAACCCUCGCAGGUAUUUAAGCAGCCAAUCAGAUUUCAAAGCAAUCAGCUAUUGUGAUGUAAUACUGUCCUCUGCUAGAAGGAUAGAAGAUAGAAGGACACAUGAAAAUGACCUGCGGCCAAAUGUUAAUAAGUACUCGCCUCAUCGUGUGGCUGAAAGUGGAGAUUGUGCAAUCACACAGCAAAAAAAGAAAAAGCGCAGGGAAGAAACUGUCAAGAGUCCGAUGUUUGAGUCUGACUCUGAUCAGCAGCAAAUUGUCUCCUCUGAUGAAAGUGACAAAAAUGAGCAUAGUUUCUACUCUUAAAUUUUCAAAUGUCAAUGGUAAUCAUAUUAUUAUUCCUGCAAAUGGUACAAUAUUCACAUAGACUGAAACUGGAAGUCUGAUUUUUUUUUUAAAUGAACAGCUAAAACAUUGACACAAGACUUCAUGUCUUAAAACUAUAUU